CAACAACGCAACGCCAAGCCACGGAAUUUGGGCUGAAGCUUGAGCCUCCACCAACAAGAGAACAACACUCGUUCAGGGAGAGAACAUUCCGCUUACUUCUUUGAAGCUACAAUAAUUCUAUCUGAUACAGCUGUUUUAUCUCAUCUCUUCGUUACCCAACCUUUGCCUGCACUCCCACACACCCGCACGCCCACCAUGGAUUUCGCGUCGCUAAUGGCUAAGGAAAUUUCCAAGGCUAAGUCACCGGAAUCGUCCUCAACCACCUCCGGCUCCAGUAAGCAAUACGUGAAACGAGCCGACGCCGAAGCGGCUAGGCUAGCAGCAUACAACGCGGAACAAGAAAAACUGCAGAAGGAACGCGAGCAACGGGCUGAGCGGAAACGUAAGUUGGAGGAGGAAGAGGCGGAAAGGAAUCGGGAGAGGGAGGAGAAGAGAAGACGGUUGGCAGAGGAAUCUAGGCGGAAAAGAGAAGCUGAGGCAGCGGCUAAAGAGCGAGAGCGGCGGAGGAGACUCGGCCUUCCAGAGAUUCCUGAGGGUAGUCCAGGUGAUUCGAAGGAAGGCACUCCGCUGGGCGACGAUGAAGCAGACCUUGGUGAGGAUGAGGUGAUUGACAAGCUGAGGGCUGCCGGCGAACCAGCAAAGCUCUUUGGAGAGAGCCAUAAAGCCCGUGUAAGGCGAUAUCGACGACUUGUGCAGCGAUCCCUCACCCCACAGCAGCACAUUUCCGAAGGCCCGAUUCCAACAACUCUGGUUCUCGUUCCCGAGGCUGAAAUGAAAGUCCCGUCUAAGUUACCCACUGAUGAGGAGGGACGUAAAUUCCUCUUCCGACAACUAGCAUCCUACUUUACGAUGAUCUUAAAAGAAUGGGAAAUCGCCUUGUCAAAGAGAGAUGCCGCUGUAAAACAUAGCUACCAAGGAAAGCAGGCUUACAAUGCCAUGGUGCAGUCCCGGGAGAAUAUGCGACCUUUGUUUAAAAUGUUUGAAAAUGGAGAUUUGGAGACGAGCAUACUUGAGUCAGUAGUGGAAAUUGUACGCAGCGCACAGAACAGACGCUAUGUUGACGCGAAUGAUGGUUAUCUUCGACUUAGUAUUGGGAAAGCAGCCUGGCCUAUCGGAGUUACUAUGGUUGGUAUCCAUGAGAGAUCUGCGCGAGAGAAACUUCAUCAGAGCGAUAAGAGCCAAGCUCAUAUCAUGAGCGACGAAAUCACACGCAAAUUCCUACAAAGUAUCAAGAGAUGCCUGACUUUUGCCCAGGUCCGCUGGCCGCCAGAUGACCAGCUUCAGCUCAUGGGUUAAUUUUUUUGUUGUUUCAUUGUCGAGAGAUGGAUAUCUACUGCCUUUCAUAAGUUUGGCCUCCAAAUUGCCCAGGUAUCUAUCCCUAAUAUAGAUCGAGUUGCACGCGAUACGAGAAAUACAAUCAAACAGUCUAACCAGUAAACAAUAACUUUAGAUGCUCCCACCAAGAUUUCGGUGGAUUCGCAACCGAGGGGGGACGAAUGUGCUUCUCUCGUGGUAUCUCAGCCUGCCUUUCAGAUUUGAGUUCGAUCCUUCUGACGUUGUUGUGCUCCUCCGCACCGUUUAUGAAUGCACUCUCGGCAGUCCAGUCUUUGCUUGUUGCGAUUUUCGAGUAGAAAUUUCCUGGAGCAUGUCCAUUUCGCUCAUUGAAGUCCGACUGCAUGAGCUUUCCAGCGGCGUAAAUGCAACCCCCAUAAGCAAAUCUGAUCAACGAGUCCCCAGUCAAACUGCCAAUUAUGAAGACAUCCUUCGUGACUUCUAAGCCUUCUAGGGCCCGAGCGCGCAUUGUUUGCCUCGAAACCCAUCUGAAAUCGUCUGCCGGCGUUUCAUUGUCGAAUAUUUCAGCUAGCAGGGGUUUGCUUAGAUAGUUCAGGGAGCUCCUUCGGCCAACCACAUAUGCUAGUCCACUUACUUCGCGAGAGAAGGUGGUCCCAUCCUCUCGUCGAAAUGUGACUAGUGCUGUCUCAUUAUCCAACACAACAUCUGUGACAACGGUGUUGGGAAUACCCUCAUAGUUAUCGGUCCAAUUUCUACUUUCCAGAAAAGGAAUCGAAUGUCCACAAGGCCGUUUUGGGCGACUUGUCCCGUUACUCUGCUUUGAUUGAGCGAAGGCCCGUUUCAUGAGGCGAUAAAUAGUGGCAUACUCGGGGUAUUCUUGCUGGUGACAACUUUUCAAAGGUGACGGAUUGGUCUCUGGUUUCCAUUUGAAAACAUGGAUUAUUGUUUGAUCUGGAUGAGAAGAAAUAAUGACGUCCGCUGCUGAAAACCCAGAUCCGAUGAUUAAGAGUGGGGCACGUCGUGGUUGCAUCGCCGUCGUUGGAGGCGGUAAUUUUAACAAGGGCAACAACAAUGGUCGCGGGGGAAUACGCUCCGUGAAAACUCCCGAUGCCAGGAUCAACUUGUUGCAAGUGAUAUUAUGUGACCUGAUAUAGAAACCAUUCUCAGUGCGAACUACUCCACUGAUUUGCUGGCUGCAUCGAAUUGAUUCGGAUAUCCCUACGAAUGUAGCGUAAGCGGCAAGAUACUCCGCUACCGCCUCCCUCGGUGGCCUUGUGAACGGUGGUAAAGGACAGGCGUGGACGCGUUGAUGGUGCUCAGCAAAGCUAUAUCCAGGUAAUGAGAGCAUACCAGCGUAACUUAACGUUUGGAUGUUUGGGGCUGUCCCGUCUGGACACUCUGUCCAUUGUCCUCCAGGAUGAACUGCAGACCCAAAAAUAAUAUGGGAGGCGGCCCUUUCUGGCAUGUACCGCCAUCGGACACUUGUUUCUGUCCCCUCAUCAUCGUCUCCAUUCGGCCGAAUCAGAGCGUCAAGAAGAACGUUAACAGGAAGAGCUUGGGUGGAAUAUGGGAACCUAGAUGCGCCGAAAUGGGUUGUCAAAUGACCAAUGUCUAGGUGGAGGAGCUGCGGGUUGUCCUUUAGCUUUGCAUGGAGUAGGGGAUCCGGAUGGGGUUUCUCCGGGUUGUAGAAUGGAAUAUGGCCGUGGAGGAUAUAGGAAAGUAUCAUGGCAGAUGGUCCAUUUCCUACAUGGAGUCACGGAAGCAAUUUGCAUUGAUUAGCAGAGGUUUCAACACGGGUUGGGUUUGGGGUAUGCGUUCUUCUUUCUGUCUGUGCGAGGAGAGGGAGGGCAACAGGGAAUGUCCAAAGUUCUCACCAACAAUGACGACAUCAACCGACGUAGGAACAUUUGAUUUUUCUGCCAUGGGCGGCGACUGGAUCCUCAGGCAUUCUGAGGAACAGUGAUCGGCGAUACUUUCCAGCGUCUGCCGUGGGACGAGAGCUCACGCCUCCCCACCCUUCGUGACGGGUGCAGGAAGCUGCAUGUAAAAAUGACUAUUCCAUGUAGCAGGUGAACGUCAGUUCCUCAUCCAAAUGCGGUCCCGAACACGAUUAAUCAACAAUGCGAAUGGUCAGUUAGACAGAUGAAGUUUUUUGAAAGAAGUCUGAGGGAAGGGAAUGUUAGAGAUCUUGGGAUAUCUGAUAGCUAUUUUUUUGCUGUUUCUCUUUUUCAUUUUCUGGAAGGUUGUUUGGUUUUGGUUUUCGUUAAACUACUGAGACGCGAGACGCUGCUGACAAAUGGGCGGCAUUGG